AUGUCCAUUCAAAAGAACAGUCUCAGUACUGAACACAUAAAUGAUGAGAAAUGUCAGUUAAAUCCAUUAGCAAGACGUAGUCGACCGAUUGACAACACAAGGUGGUUUGUUUCAGCAUUUCUUGUGGUCAACGCUACAUUAGGAGUCUCACUUUUGAAUUUCCCUAAAGCCUAUCACGAGGCUGGCGGGGUCGUAGCAGCACUCAUUGUCCAGACAGUUUUCUUAGUGCUGGUGCUGUUUGCAUUGUUCAUCAUCAUCUACUGUUCUGAUAUAAAAUGCUGCAACACCUACCAAGACAUGGUGCUCUCUAUAUGUGGCCCUAAAGCCCAGCUAGCUUGUGCUUUCUGUAUUUUACUGCACUGUUUUGGCAUGUGCACAACGUGUCUUAUUAUAAUACACGACCAAUGGGAGUUGUUUUUCCUCAAUGUGGCCCGUGAGCUCUACUGUACUACACAUCCCUUCUACACGACAAGAGCUUUCAUCAUAUCCGCUACAUCUGUACUUUUUAUACUUCCGUUAUGUUUUACGAAGAGAAUCGAUUUUUUAAAACACUCCAGCUUCCUGGGUGUCAUCGGUUGCUUAUAUAUAGCAGUUCUUGUUGCUGUCAAGUAUUUUCUACCUCAUGAUAAUCAAGGAAAAAUUGCUACAGCCCCGCAUUCAUGGAUAGAUGUUUUUCUUGUUGUACCAAAUAUUUGUUUUGCCUAUGCUUGCCACGUCACCAUUAUCCCCAUCUACUCCUGUAUGGCCAAGCGCAACAUGAGAGAGCUCUCUAAAACAGUAACACUUGCCGUCAUAGUGUGUAUCAUCAUCUACACAACUACUGCAACUCUGGGCUAUCUACAGUUUGGUGACGUUAUCACAAAUGACAUACUGCUGUCGUUUAACCCUACAGCUGAGGUGAUGGUGGCUGUAGUUCUUGUUGCUGUGAAAACAUACACCACAUAUCCUAUUCUCUGUUUCUGUGGAAAGGCAGCUUUUGAAACCAUGUGGGGAAUGUUCUGGAAAAUGGGCGCUGAAGAAAUUGUGAACAGAGAAAAGACGAGACGCAUUAUAACUACAUUGGUGUGGUUCGCCUUGACCCUCCUACUGUCCAUCUUCAUACCCAACAUUGGGGUGAUCAUACAAAUCCUAGGAGCCGUUAUUGCAUUGUUAAUCUUUGUAUUUCCAGGCUUGUGUCUGUUGAAGACGAUACAAAAUAGAGUAGAAUUAGGCGAGGAACAGCCCACAAAAGUUCGAGUAUUGAAAGGGAUUGGCAUUGCUUUUGCUGUUCUUGGUGUGCUUAUUUUUGGACUGACGUUGUCGCAGACCAUUAUGAAAGACAUUCAGGGCGUCAACCCCGACUCGUCCAAAUUCACAUGUAGCUAG